AAAAUCCCAUUUUGACUCGAAAUCUGUCAGUCUUGAACGUGCAGGAGCUUUCAGCAUUAACAUUUAAUCUGAUGAGCAGAUUAGAUUUGAUGUAUAAACAAAAAAACUAACUCUACAAAAUCACCUUUUGAUAAAUUCUUUAUUAUAUGGCAAUUAAUUCCCGUAGAAAAAUGAUUAAAAAAUGGCAACUUGUCAACGUUAAAUGUUAAAAGUCAACAUUACUCGGUUCUUAAUGCAGAUUUGGUUCAUUUCUUUACAAAAAUCCCGACCUGUGUAACCUCUCGACCUUCCUGUGAAGAACACAAGUCUUCAGCUGACUCCAAACUGAAAUGUAAUCAAAAUCAUCUUAGAGGUCCUCAUAGUGCAUCUGUGGCUCCUGAUUCUGACCUUAAUGUUCUGCAAGGCGUUUUUAUCUCCCACUGUAUCAUAAUAAUAAUCCUAUAAUAGUCCGAUCGGGGUUUAUUUAUGCUUCACUGCACGUCUGGAAGAGCUUUAACUCUGAAGAAAUUAACUUUACAACAACCUGGGGACAAUAACCUGCUGCUUUGAAUCUCCUGUGUUGAUUCAAGUUUCCAUUUGAGAUCUCCGUCUUGGAUGCAUGUGGACCAGAUGAUUGUUUCUGAAGAUCAAAAUGAGGAAGUGAUUUUAGAUCACGAUCUAUGACCAAAUCUGGCUAAACUGUAACCUUGUAUAGUUUAUCUUACCCAGCUGAUAUCCAGUGAAAGUCUAUGGAUGGUACACUCACUGUAUAGACACAUCCUCAACAGCAUACCUCCUCCUCUUCCUCCUCCUCCUCCUCUUCAGUCUCCACGAGAACGUGAAAUCGAGCCGUGCAGCAUUGAUUUUCUUUUUCUCUUCACCGCAAAACCAAAACGCACACGAUCAUCUCAUUUUUUCUGGUUUGUCAGUUCUGUUGGCUGAAAUGUAAGAUGUGCCCCGGUGUUGAUUUUCCACCUCGAGUCAGAGCUGAAGGACGUUCAUAACAUUCCAGCGGCGGUCGAGGUCAGAGUUCAGCUUUUCAGAACAUAACUGCUGUAGUUUGAGCAUCACGGACUGGAGGCUUGACAGACUGAGACCUGCAAUCUGCAACAGCAACCAUCACAACACUCACAGGACCUGAGCCUAAAUGAAUGUUGUUCAAAUCUGACCCCAGACCCUGAACCUUGAGCACAUUUAUUCGCUGUUAGAGUGACACUUCUACAUAAAUGGGACUAAACGACAGCAGCCCCGGCGCCAUGCGGAAUGGCCGUGGCCUUUCGGACCAGUGGGCAGAGUCGGUGGUGGUCCGGCCUCGGACCACCGAGCGCCACAUCACGGUGCACAAACGGCUGGUGCUGGGCUUCGCCCUGUCCAUCCUCACCCUGAUUAUAGUCACGGCAGUGGCUGUGGUGCUCAGCGUCCGCUUUGAGGAGUGUGGCGGACGAGAUCGUGACGGGGUGACAGGAGAGCCCGGUUCACGAGGCAGCGGAGGGUCUGCAAAGUUGAAUGGGAGCAGAGGGGAAAGGACGGGGGACAGGGGGGAUGAGGAGGCAGUCCAACCAUGGAGGAACUCCCGUCUGCCGGGUUCGGUGAGGCCACGGCACUACGACCUGCAGCUCGCCGUCUACAUGGACAACUUCACCUUCUCAGGAGAGGUCAGCAUCGAGCUGGAGUGUGUCAACGCCACGCGGUUCAUCGUGCUGCACACUGACCGCCUUGAGGUGGACCGGGUGUCUGUUACGGCGGAGGGCGGCGCCGGCGGCCGUCCAGCCAACAGGCCCGGGGGCGGAGCCAUGCGAAUCCACCGCCACUUCACCUACCCGGCCAAUCAGAUGUACGUCGUGGUGCUGCACCGCGAGCUGAAGCCGAUGAGAGUUUACCGGCUGAACAUGAGCUUCGACGCUGCCAUCGAGGAUGAGCUGCUGGGCUUCUUCAGGAGCUCGUACACCCUGCAGAGAGAGAGACGUUACCUGGCGGUGACUCAGUUCAGUCCGACCCACGCCCGGAAGGCCUUCCCCUGCUUCGACGAACCCGUCUACAAGGCCACGUUCUCCCUCACCCUCCGCCACGACCCGCAGUACACCUCGCUGUCCAACAUGCCCGUCGAGAGCAGCUCGCUGUCGGACGAAGACGGCUGGAUCACCAACCGCUUCGCCCGCACGCCCCGCAUGUCCACGUACUACCUGGCCUGGGCUGUCUGCAACUUCACCUACAGGGAGACGCAGACCGACGGCGGCGUGACGAUCCGCCUGUAUGCUCGGCCGGAUGCCAUCUCAAGCGGAGCAGGCGACUACGCUCUCCACAUCACCAAGAGGCUUCUGGGAUUUUACCAGGACUACUUCAAAGUUCAGUACUCACUGCCAAAGCUCGACUUGUUGGCGGUGCCCAAGCAUCCCUACGCCGCCAUGGAGAACUGGGGGCUGAGCGUCUUCGUGGAGCAGAAGAUCCUAUUGGACGCCGAGGUGUCGUCGUCAUCCUAUCAGAUGGAGCUGACCAUGGUGGUCGUCCAUGAAAUCUGCCACCAGUGGUUUGGGGAUCUGGUGACUCCGGUCUGGUGGGAGGAUGUCUGGUUAAAAGAAGGUUUUGCUCAUUUCUUCGAGUACGUCGGCACCGACUUCCUCUUCCCCAAGUGGAACAUGGAGAAGCAGCGCUUCCUGACCGACGUCCUCCACGAGGUGAUGCUGUUGGACGGCCUGAGCUCCUCCCACCCCAUCUCCCAGGAAGUCGUGCAGGCGACGGACAUCGACAGGGUCUUCGACUGGAUCGCAUACAAAAAAGGGGCAGCGUUGAUCCGGAUGCUGGCUAACGUGAUGGGACAGUCGCUGUUCCAGAAAGGACUCAACGAUUAUCUGCUGAGUCACAUGUACAGCAACGCGGCCAGAGACGACCUGUGGAGCAAACUGUCUCAGGCCAUGCGUUCAGAGGGACGGGACAUCAACAUCGGAGGGAUGAUGGACAGGUGGACUCUGCAGAUGGGCUACCCUGUCAUUACCAUCAGCAAGAACCAAUCAGAGCAGCUCCCGACGUUUUACAUCACUGUCAGCCAGGAGCACUUCCUGUACGGACAGGAAGUCAGGAACAACAACAGUUUGCAGUGGCAGGUUCCAUUGACGGUCGCUGUAGGAAAUGCAUCCACUGCUGGUUCGGAGAGCCUCAUCUGGAUCAACAACAGGACAGAAACCCACAGGAUUGGUCGGAUGGAUGACAAAACCUGGUUGCUAGGCAACAUCAACCAGACGGGCUACUACCGUGUGAACUAUGACCUGCAGAACUGGAAACUGCUGAUUCAGCAACUCCACACCAACCACCAGAUCAUCUCCGUUGGAAACAGAGCAGGACUCAUCGACGAUGCCUUCAACCUGGCCAGGGCUGGCUACCUCCCACAAGGUGUUCCCCUGCAGCUGAUUGGCUAUCUGCCCGAGGAGACGUCCUUCCUGCCGUGGCACUCGGCCAGUCGAGCGCUCUACCAGCUGGACAAACUGCUGGACCGCACAGACGAAUACAGCCUGUUCAGUGACUUUGUGCUGAAGCAGGUUGCAUCGCGGUACCAUCAGAUGGGUUGGCCAACAAACAUCCCCAGCAACGAGGGCAACAUCCUGCAGGCAUCGUAUCAGACCGAGGAGUUGCAGAGGGAGCUCAUCAUGUUAGCUUGCAGCUUCGGGAACAAACAGUGUCACCGUCAGGCCGUCGCCUACAUCUCUGACUGGAUCUCCAGCAACAAGAACAGGAUUCCUCCUAACAUCAGAGACAUUGUUUACUGCACUGGGGUCAGUCUGAUGGACGAGGACGUGUGGGAGUUCAUCUGGAUGAAGUUUCACUCGUCCAACGCCGUUUCAGAGAAGAAGAUCCUGCUGGAGGCUCUGACCUGCUCGGACAACAUCUUCCUGCUGAACAGGUUAUUGAACCUGUCUUUGACCUCGGACCUGGUCCCAGAGCAGGAUGUGAUCGACGUCAUCAUCCACGUCGGCAGAAACCCUCAGGGUCGAAACCUCGCCUGGAAAUACUUCAGAGAAAAGUGGGACGUCCUGAACGCACGUUAUGGUGAAGCGUUGUUCAUGAAUUCAAAGCUCAUCAGUGGAGUCACAGAGUUCCUGAAUACUGAGAGAGAACUCAAUGAGUUAAAGGAGUUCAUCCAGUCCAGUGGCGUGGGGGCGGGGCCUGCGUUGCCGCGGGCGCUGGAGAUCGUUGAGGGUAACGUUCGCUGGCACCGUCUCCACCGGCGGCAGUUCUACCAGUGGCUGCGCAAACCUCCAAGCCCAUGAAGUGACCGCCAACUGACUGCUAAGCUAAUGCUAAUGCACUGCUAGCUUAUGGACGCAGUCAGACGGAAUGAUAUAAAAAAAGGAUUGAGUCAAGAGAAAGACUGUCUUGACUGGUUUUUCAGCUGGUUUGUCGACUGGUUUUGCUUGUAAAGAAAUUUGUUUUCAAAUGUUUUGUUUCAGAUGAUUAUGUUUGUGGCUGAUGAUCAAUCGGUUUCUGCGCUGUGAAAAAGUAAAUUUAGCUAGCUUCUAUCAGUCUCAGUGAUUGAUAGUACUCAGUACUUGGUAGCUAGCAGCAACCUUGCCAAUAUUUGCAAAUACAUUGCAAAUAUGAAAAUCCAAGUUUUUGAAAUAAGAUAUCACAGCCAUUGAUAAUGGUUGCUUAUUGACUUUAAAACCAAAACUAUUCUGAACUAAACUCAACGACAAAAUAAUUAAUUUAGUACAUCUGUAAUUUUCUGCAUUUUCUUGUAUGUACUAGCCUGAGACCUAUAGCAGUUUAAAUCACACAUUUCAGUGUUUGCUAUAUUAAACCAGCUGACGGUUCCCAGCAGUUAGUUGAAUGUCGACCACUGAACAGAGCUGUAAUUAACAUUACAUGGACCCUGUGAACACAGCACUCUGUGGCUUCAUUCAAACUCAUUAACUCUUCAACAAUCAGACUGCUUCAGCUUUAAUUUAAAAAGGAGCUUUGUUUUUUGGGGAUCAAAAACUGCAGCUGUUUGGAAAAUAUCAGCAGGUUUCUGAGGCUUUGCAGGUGACUCACUUCAGAAAUGUCCUUUUGAGUAUAAAACCUCAUACUAACUUCAAAAUUUUGCUCUAAACAACAGAGAAAGCAACAUGUGGAAGAGCAGCUCAAAGCAGUGACGCUCUGGUCUGUUUGGAGGAAAACAUUUUAAAUGGCCUAAAGUGAAAACAAAUAAUAUGGGCUGUAGCAAAAAACAACCCUGACAAAAACCAACCUGUGAAUUUGAUGUGAAAGUUGAAGUUUUCAGUCUGAUUACUGAAGGACAAGUGGACAAAGUGUAUGACAGUCAAAAGAAACACAUAACAGAACCAUGAAUCAGUAAAACAAGGACAUUUUCUCAGAACAAAUGAUAGAACAAAAAUUUAACAAAUCAGACAUCCUGCCAAAUUUCUAUCUUGUAGUUUCUUCUGGUUCUUCUUCUUCUUAGUUAUUUGAUGGUGAUUUUGGUGUUGAGAGAAACAAAUGGAGAAUCACAAAACAUAUGCCUUGAUCCAGGCACAAAAGUAUCAAACAAAUGAAAUGGUUUCAUGUGUUAGGUUUCCCAGUUUGCCCCGAACUCCACCCUGCUGAAAUCUGUAAGCCAAUGAGCUUGCUCCUUAUUUAGCCACUAAAACCCGAGAGUAACUUCUGAAAGUUAUGACAACCUUUCUGACUGACAGCAACCUUGAAAAUUACAACUUUGACCAAAAUGAAAACUCAUUAAGUCCUUUUGGUUAGCUUUUAGUCUAUCCUUUUUUCUCUCCCCAGUUUUACAAAUAAAUGAGAGGAGGGUGGAAAGACUGGGGCAAGGAAAUGGCCAGCAAGACCACUGAUACUCUCAGAGUGACAUUAUAUGCAGAUGAUGUGGGUUUUUUUUAAACGAGACAGUUCAUACGGGGACAGGACUCAUCCACGUCGGUGGACUUUUACAGCUUGUGUGACAUGACUGGACAUAGUGGAGUAAUUUGCAUGAUGGUUUCUGUACUGUGAAGUAAAUGGAUUGGAUGGACUAAGGAAAUUCAUAGCCUGAUGGACCCGACGAGGCUUUGAAUUUUACAGGCUCGUGGUUCUGACAGAUUCUUUCAGUGGACAAUGUUGUUUGUUUUCUAAGAAGAAGGAUGUGUUGGAUUUUUUCCCUCAGUUUAACAGAAUCUUAAGUGCAAGAGAUUCUUCUCUGGGUGAACAACUGAAAGUAUGAUGGACUCCACAGGUCAACAGACUUUAAAGCAGAGCGAGUUGUACAGCGUAACAAGCUCAGCAAUGCUAUGGACUUUACAGCAUAUGAGUUUGACAGCAUGAUGGAUCUUACAGGGUGGGGCUGUCUGCUUUCCCCCCAGAGUUUUAAAUGUAAAUGAUACUGAUUUUAGUCUGAGCCGUGGAGUCGGAGAGGACGAGCUGGACAUGUUCGUAAAACACACCUGUGUGAUGUUUUUGAGGGCCGUUUUGGAGACUUGACUUCUAAGAAUUUUGGGGCUUAAAAUGAAUCAAAUGGAUCACAAAGGACUUUUUUGAAAAGUGUGUGUUGAACUUCCGUCCUGUUGAACAAACUUGUUAUUCCUCUUCUGUUAGAUCUGGCUUUGAUGUUAAAAAUUGAGCCAUAUAUGAAUUAAUGGGCCUGCCUGCUUCUAUACACAGUGUGUCCAGUGAUGUGCGUGUGUGUGUGUGUGAUGAAGAUGAUGAUGAAGAUCACAGCAGAUGAGGUCUGCUGUGCCAGGCAUGAUGAUUAAAAUUAUGAUAGUUAAAAUUAUUCUAAUUAUGAUCAGGGUUGAUGAUGGAUUUAAUGAUACUCGUUGAUGAUGUGAAAAAGCUAAUUAGUAUUAUUAUAAUUAUUCAGUGCAUUUUGAACCUGUAUCGUCCUGUCAGGGAAAUCUGCUUCACAGGCACACAACAGAUCUAACCUGUGUACAACCUGUAAAUUGUACAAAUAGCAUAUUUACAUUUAAAAUGUGGAAUUUGAAGAUGUUUUAGUUGAUGAAAAUGGUGUCCAUGAUGGCGGUGACGAUGAGGUACUGAUGUGGGACCAAAAUGGGAUGGAAAGAGGAGGUUACAGAGAAGAGUUCACUCCUACUUCCUGUUUGCACUGCUGUGGUUUCCUGUGUUUUCUGAUUGGACGACAUUAAAAUGGUUAACCUUG